AUGUCGAUUGAACUUAAAUACAACAACUUAGGCGAGUCCGGUUUGAAGAUUGCUCCAUUAAUUGUUGGAUGUAUGUCCUAUGGAUCCAAGAAAUGGGCUGAUUGGGUCUUGGAAGACGAGGAAGAGAUUUUCAAGAUCUUAAAGAAAUGUUAUGAUGUUGGGUUAAGAACUUUUGACACUGCUGAUGUAUACUCAAAUGGAAAAUCGGAGAUUAUCUUGGGUAAAUUUCUCAAAAAAUACGACAUCCCAAGAGAACGAGUUGUUAUUUUGUCCAAAUGCUUCCUGCCUAUGAAUCCAAGAGAUCCUGAUUUCAAUGCAUUACAAGCAGGUCCUUUAAGCGACAAGGAUUUUGCCAACUCAAGAGGAUUAUCCAGAAAGCACAUCUUGGAUGCAGUCAAUGAUUCUGUCAACAGGUUGGGAACAUAUGUGGAUUUAUUGCAAAUCCAUAGGUUCGAUGCAACUACACCAAAGAAGGAAAUAAUGAAGGCAUUAAAUGAUGUUGUUGACCAAGGACUCGCUAGAUACAUUGGCGCAUCAACCAUGAAAGCUACCGAGUUUGCCGAGUUGCAAUUUAUAGCUGAAAAAAACAGCUGGUAUAAAUUCAUCAGUAUGCAAAACUACUAUAACUUGAUUUAUCGUGAGGAGGAAAGGGAAAUGAUUCCAUUUUGCAAAAACAAUGAUUUGAGCAAAGUUGGAAUUAUUCCUUGGAGUCCAAUUGCUAGAGGCGUGUUGACAAGACCCACUGGUACAAUUUCAGAAAAUAAAAGAAACGAGUCUGACCGGGGAUUUUCUCGAUUGGGACUAGAUGCUUUGACCGAUGCCGAUACAGAAAUAAUCAAACGAGUAGAAAAGGUAGCUAAGGAUCACGGCGAGAGUAUGGCUGUUAUUGCAACAGCUUGGGUGAUCAGCAAAGGAUGUAAUCCAAUAGUUGGUUUGAAUUCUGAGAAAAGAGUUGAAGAUAUAGUCAAGGCAAUAACAGUCAAGUUGAGUGAUGAGGAGGUUAAGUAUUUAGAGGAACCAUACAAGCCUAAAGAGGCUCUUUCUUAG